UANCCGUUUUCAGUGGCUUUUGAGGCUGUUGGAUGGGGUUGGGCUAAGUACAUUGUGGCUGCUGGUGCUAUUAAAGGCAUGACCACCGUGUUGUUGGUUAGUGCUGUUGGACAGGCACGCUAUCUCACGCACAUUGCCAGAACCCACAUGAUCUCACCAUGGUUCGCCAAAGUGCAUGAAAGGACUGGCACUCCAGUGAAUGCAACAGCCACAAUGCUCGCUGCAACAGCAAUAAUCGCCUUCUUUACAAGCUUGGGAAUCCUCUCAAACCUCCUCUCUAUCUCCACCCUCUUCAUCUUCAUGCUAGUAGCCGUCGGUCUGAUCGUCCGACGCUACUACGUCAGCGGUGAAACAACACCAUCCGACCGAAACAAGCUCGUAAUCUGCAUUGUUCUAAUCCUGGGAUCUUCAAUAGCAACCGCCGUAUACUGGGGCUCGAGCGACGGCUGGAUCGGCUUGGUAGUGUCCAAUUCCAUAUGGUUUCUCUCAACUCUAGCCCUAUGGCUCGGCGUCCCACAGGCCAAAAAGCCUCGCGUGUGGGGUGUGCCGCUCGUCCCGUGGGUGCCUUCAUUGUCAAUCGCCAUCAACCUUUUCCUUCUUGGGUCGAUCGACAAAGCUUCAUUUGAAAGGUUUGGAAUCUGGACUGGGAUUUUGUUGGUUUACUAUUUCUUGAUUGGAUUACAUGCUUCUUAUGAUUCGGUCAUGGAGUCCAAGACGGUAGCAGGAGAAGUUAAUAGCAGUGUGUAAAUGGAGAAGAAGAAGCUCAGAUUUGAGAAAUGGAUCUCAUGUUGUUUGAAUUUAUAAUGAUUGGCUUAGUGCUUUCAUUAGGGGACUUGUUGUUUAUGUUUGUUAUUGUGUUAGCAAGGAUGGUGGUUUGUUUGUAUGCACUUUAUUGUACUCGUAAAAAUUAUAGAUAACUCGUGAAAACACUAAUAUAUAGUUGAGAAUAUUAGUUGAACAUGAGACUUUAGUAGCGACUCUAAGUAAAAA